AUGCGGCUUUGUGGAAAUAUCAGAGUUUGGAACUCCCCCUUAGACUCCCGCCUUCCGCUUCCGACGCUGCCUUCCGCCCUUCCCGCGAUCCUCCUCGUCGCCGCCACGGCGCUUUUUCCGCUCUUCCUCUCCCUCAUUACCCCAUUCCCCGCACUAGCCUCCGACCCCUCCGCUGCAGCAACCGCCGCAAGUGGAGCCGCGGCUGGCGCGGCGACAUCCAUAGCCAAGUCGGGUCUUGGGUUGCGCGUCGCGGCGGCGCUGCGCGAGUCGCAUUGGCCGGACGCGGCGAUCGUGACCUUCAUCGCGUCGCUGCCGGUGGUGGAGUUAAGAGGCGCCAUACCUGUCGCCUACUGGAUGGGCAUGGAGCCGUUAGUAGCUUCCUCUCUUGCCGUCCUCGGCAACAUGGUGCCAGUGCCGUUCCUCCUCACUCUCCUCGGGCCAGCCACCACCACUCUCGCCCGCAUCAACCCUUCCCUGAAAGCCCUCCUCAACUCCUUCCUCGAGCACUCCCGGGCCAAGGCGGCCCCCAUCGCCGAGUUCCAGUGGCUCGGCCUCGCUCUCUUCGUCGCCGUCCCCCUGCCCGGCACCGGAGCAUGGUCGGGGGCGAUCGGUGCGUACAUUCUCGGGAUGCCGUUUUGGGAGGCGCUGACUGCGAACCUGGCUGGUGUGAUGCUUGCAGGGGUGCUCGUGAACCUGCUUGUCACACUUCCCCUGCAGCAGGCGCUUGGGUUGGCGGUGCUGCUGCUGGGGUUCUCGUCCGUUUGCUGGUCUCUGCUCAGAUGGAUCCGGAAGAAAAUCAGUUCAUAA